AUGGCUGUGGCUAUUUUCGUUGACCCGUCUAUUGAGGUCCACUUGCAAAGCGAGAAUGGAAUUCUUGACCUAGGGCCGUAUCCAGUGGAAGGUUCUGAAGAUGCAGACUUGAUUAAUGCUGGUAAAGAGACUGUUACCUUAAAACCAAGAGCAGCGGUAUUUGGCUCCGAAGAAAGCUUGGGGAUAAUUCGCAGCGGUAGAAUCAAUCUGACUAUUGUUGGGGCUAUGCAAGUGUCCGCCAAUGGUGAUUUGGCGAACUGGAUGCUGCCUGGUAAGGUGAAGGGCUUUGGAGGAGCCAUGGAUUUAGUAUCAAAUCCCACUAAAACAAAGGUUGUUGUUGUAACGGAGCAUACAGAUAAGAAGGGCAAUGCGAAGAUUGUGCCUCGCUGCGCAUUCCCUCUUACAGGUAAAGGCUGUGUAUCAAGAAUUAUCACAGAUUUGGCCGUUUUUGAUGUUGAAUUUGCCAAGGGUCUUACGCUUACAGAGAUUGCGGAUGGCGUGACGGUAACUGAGAUCAAGGCCAAGACAGCAUCGCCGUUUAUAGUUAGCAAGGAUUUGAAACCAAUGCUAUAA